CAAUCACAACGCAUUUAUUGACGCUAAUUGUAUAUAUGUGGUGAAACAUAUUGCAUUUUGCAUUUGUAAUUUUAAUCAAGUGAAGUAAUUUAGAAGAUUUGUAAAUAAACUAAUUGUUACAUAUACAAGUUCAAGUUAAAACGCAAUUUGUAAGUUUAAAAUUUGCCAUGUAAUGAAGUUGAGUGUAUUUAGUUAUUUUCGAUAUUCCUCGUGCUAGCGUUUGGUAUACAAUAGUCAAGUACCUACUUUGUUUAAAACUGACAAGAAAGAUUUAAUUAGCUUUCAAUAAUAGCAGUGCAAUAAACUUUAUUAUCGGUCAAAUUGGCUGGCCAGUCUCAUUUGAGACUCACGGAAUAUAAGAUUUUAAAAUGCGAGAAUUUAAAGUGGUUGUGUUGGGUUCGGGCGGUGUCGGCAAGUCUGCCCUUACUGUCCAAUUCGUUUCCGGGUGCUUUAUUGAAAAGUACGAUCCCACCAUUGAAGACUUCUACCGAAAAGAAAUAGAGGUUGACAAUUCACCGUGCGUAUUGGAAAUAUUAGAUACCGCUGGUACAGAACAGUUUGCAUCAAUGAGGGAUUUAUAUAUAAAAAAUGGACAUGGAUUUAUUGUAAUGUAUUCGUUGACAAACCAUCAAACUUUUCAGGAUAUAUCAAGCAUGAAAAAUGUCAUAACAAGAGUUAAGGGAAGUCAACCGGCCCCAAUUUUACUAGUCGCAAAUAAAAUUGAUUUAGAUUGUCAAAGAGAAGUUUCUACUGAAGAAGGUACGGAAUUUAGAUGUAAUUAUAUACUGAUUUAUUUAUGUACUAUUACAUAUUUAUUAUUAGGAAACGCUCUCGCUCGACAAUGGGACUGUCCGUUUAUUGAAGCAUCAGCAAAAGAUAGAAUAAACGUAAAUGAAGUGUUUGCAACUAUAGUACGUGAAAUGAAUAUGACACAGGAAAAACGCCAGAAAAAAAGUUACUGUUGUUGUACACUUUUAUAGAAAUAUUAAAAAACGUAUUAAUAUAAAAUUAGCUCAAAAGUGUACGAGUAAUUGUAUUAUUUUACUUUAAUAUAUUUUGCUCUUAACUUACACUGAUUUUCCAAGGCCAUGCAAAUAUACGUAUAUGAAGGUUAUUUGUAUAACAUUAACGAAAGACUGGAAAUUCUUUAAAAUAAUAUAAACCACUUAAAUAUCAACAGUGACUACCAGAGUCAUGAUUAGAAGAGUUUAAAAAGUGUAUGCGAGAAGUAGAAAUCUAAAUUUGAUAAGUGAAUAAUAAAAUUUGAAAAUUAAGGGAAAUAAUUCAA